UUGGCCUCAACAGGGAUAACAGCAAAUCUGGACAGAGCAGAUGGGUGUCAGGAUGGGUUUAGGGGCUAACGACAGCCUGGAAUCGGACAGCCUGGAAUCCGGGACAGAUUUCCACAUCCAUGCAGGUGUGGAAGAGUCCAGAGCAUCUCUCUGCAGGACGAGAACCUGGGGGAAUCAGGCUGUAACAUGCACUCAAGCCCCUUUUGAAACCUUCCCAAUCGCCCCCGACAGGCUGAGGAAUCCCAUCCAGAUUUCACUCAAGAUCGUCCCAUCUUCCAUUGGACAGGGAAGGGAAAUGGCCGUGAUGGAGUCAGCUCAGUUGCCGGUGACCUUCGAGGAGGUGGCUGUGUAUUUUACCCAGGGUCAGGGAGCUCUGCUGGACCCCAGUCAGAGAGCCCUCUACAGGGACGUCAUGCAGGAGAACUAUGAGAUGGUGACCUCGCUGGGAUUUCCCAUUCCCAAACCUGAACUGAUCUCCCACCUGGAACGAGGGGAAGAACUGUGGGUCCCGGAUCUCCAGGUCUGUGAGGAAAGAGAGAUCCUGAGAGGCAAUCGCACAGGUGAUGAGACAGUGGAUGAGAAGAAGAAUGGGAAUCAACAUGAGGAAGUUCCUGGGCAAGUGGAACCACAGGGGACCGUUGUGGGAAGUGCUGAAGGGAGUUUAUCCCAGUGCUUGGAAGAGGGAGAAGCCUGGGGAAAUUGGCACAAGUCAGAGAGGCGAAUGAAAAACCACCCAAGGAAGAAAGUGGAUGAAUCUAUUAUAUGUAGGGGAGGAGACAAGGAUCCCACAGCCCAGCAGACAAAUCCUAAGGAAGAGAAACCCUAUCAGUGCCUCGAAUGUGGAAAAGGGUUCAUUUUCAGAUCACUGCUUGUGACACAUCAGACAAUCCAUACUGGAGGGAAACCCCUUCAAUACUUGGCCCAUGGGGAAAGCUUCAAUAACUGCUCAGAUCUUAAUAACCAUGGGAAAAGCCACAUGGGAGAGAAACCCUAUCAAUGCCUCGAAUGUGGAAACUGUUUGAAUUGGAAAUCAGAAUUAAUUACACAUCAGAGAAUCCAGACAGGGGAGAGACCCCAUAAGUGCUUGGAUUGUGGAAAAAGUUUCAUACAGAGGUCACACCUUGUUAAACAUCAGGCAAUCCACACAGGAGAGAGACCACAUAAGUGCUUGGACUGUGGGAAAAGUUUCAUACAGAGGUCAGACCUUACUAAACAUCAGGCCAUCCACACAGGAGAGAGACCACAUAAGUGCUUGGACUGUGGGAAAAGUUUCAUACAGAGGUCAAAUCUUAUUGAACAUAAAGGAAUGCACACAGGAGAGAGACCCCACAAGUGCCUGGACUGUGGGAAAAGUUUCAUACGGAGGUCAUACCUUGUUAAACAUCAAGCAAUCCACACAGGAGAGAGACCCCAUAAGUGUUUGAACUGUGGAAGAAAUUUCAUACGAAGGUCACACCUUGUUAAACAUCAGGCAAUCCACACAGGAGAGAGACCACAUAAGUGCUUAGACUGUGGGAAAUGUUUCAGGAACAGAUCAUCCCUUUCUAAACAUCAGGCAAUCCACACAGGAGAGAGACCCCACAAGUGCUUGGACUGUGGGAAAAGUUUCAUACAGAGGUCACACCUUAUUAGACAUCAGGAAAUACACACAGGAGAGAGAUCCCACAAGUGCUUGGACUGUGGAAAAAGUUUCAUACAGAGGUCAAACCUUGUUAAACAUCAAGCAAUCCACACAGGAGAGAGACCCCAUAAGUGUUUGAACUGUGAGAAAAAAUUCCUACGGAGGUCAGACCUUGUUAAGCAUCAGGCAAUCCACACAGGAGAGAGAUCGCACAAGUGCUUGGACUGUGGGAAAAGUUUCAUACAGAGGUCAGACCUUAUUAGACAUCAGGCAAUCCACACAGGAGAGAGACCACAUAAGUGCUUGGACUGUGGGAAAAGUUUCAUACAGAGGUCAGACCUCACUAAACAUCAGGCAAUCCACACAGGAGAGAAACCACAUAAGUGCUUGGACUGUGCAAAAAGUUUCAUACAGAGGUCACACCUUAUUAAACAUAAAGUAAUCCACACAGGAGAGAGACCCCACAAGUGCUUGGACUGUGGGAAAAGUUUCAUACAGAGUUCACACCUUAUUAAACAUAAAGCAAUCCACACAGGAGAGAGACCCCACAAGUGCUUGGACUGUGGGAAAAGUUUCAUAUGGAGGUCAGACCUUCUUAAACAUCAGGCAUUCCACAGAGGAGAGAGACCACAGAAGUGUUUGAACUGUGGAAAAAAAUUCAUAUGGAGGUCAGACCUUGUUAAACAUCAGGCAAUCCACACAGGAGAGAGACCCCACAAGUGCUUGGACUGUGGGAAAAGUUUCAUACAGAGUGCACACCUUAUUAAACAUAAAGCAAUCCACACAGGAGAGAGACCCCACAAGUGCUUGGACUGUGGGAAAAGUUUCAUACAGAGGUCAAACCUUCUCAAACAUCAAGCAAUCCACACAGGAGAGAGACCACAGAAGUGUUUGAACUGUGGAAAAAAAUUCAUAUGGAGGUCAGACCUUGUUAAACAUCAGGCAAUCCACACAGGAGAGAGACCCCAUAAGUGCUUAGCCUGUGGAAAAAAUUUCAUACGGAGGUCACACCUUGUUAAACAUCAGGCAAUCCACACAGGAGAGAGACCCCACAAGUGCUUGGACUGUGGGAAAGGUUUCAUACAGAGGUCACACCUUAUUAAACAUCAAGCAAUCCACACAGGAGCUAAACUUCUGUGACACUGGGAGAGAAAGGGUUAAGCAACUUGCAUGUAAUAGAAACAGUUCAACCUUUAGAGACAUGUUAAAAAAGUGUGUCCAUGUUAGAUAAGUUUGAGCUUUGAAAUGUAAACUUAUUUGAAAGACCUGGAAGAAGAUGGUAACUGUAGUAGUCUAUAAAAAGCAACAAAGAGUCCUGUGGCACCUUAUAGACUAACAGAAGUAUUGGAGCAUAAGCUUUUGUGGGUGAAUAACCACUUUGUCAGACGCAUGUGGUGGAAAUUUCUAGGGGCAGGUAUAAAUAUGCAGGCAAGAAUCUGCCUAGCGAUAACGAGUUUGUUCAAUCAGGGAGGAUGAGGCCAUCUUCUAGCAGUUGAGGUGUGAACACCAAGGGAGGAGAAACUGCUUUUGUAGUUGCCUAGCCAUUCACAGUCUUUGUUUAAUCCUGAGCUCAUUAUGUCAAAUUUGGAAAUGAACUGAAGUUCAGCAGUUUCUCUUUGGCGUUUGGUCCUGAAGUUUUUUUCCUGCACGAUCCCCUUUAAAUUUGCUAUUGUGUGUCCAGGGAGGUUGAUGUGUUCUCCUAUAUGUUUUUGUAUAUUGCCAUUCCUAAUAUCUGACUUGUGUCCAUUUAUUCUUUUACGUAGGGAUUGUCCAGUUUGGCCGAUGUACAUAGCAGGGGGGCAUUGCUGGCACACGAUGGUGUAUGCUACAUUGGUGAACGUACAAGUGAAUGAACCAGUGAUGUUGUGGCUGAUCUGGUUAGGUCCUGUGAUGGUAUCGCUGGUAUAAAAAUAUGGGGAGAGUUGGCAUUGAGGUUUGUUGCAUUGAUUGGUUCCUGAGUUAGAGUUACCAUGGUGCGUUGUGUGGUUGCUGGUGAGAAUAUGCUUAAGGUUGGCGGUUUGUUUUGUGGGCGAGGACUGGCCUGUCUCCUAAGGCCUGUGAAAGUGAUGGAUCUUUGUCCAGGAUGAGUUGUAGAUGAUGAUGCGUUGGAGAGGUUUUAGAUGAGGACUGUAGGUGAUGGCCAGUGGAGUUCUGUUGGUUUCUUUCUUGGGCUUGUCCUGCAGCAGGAGGCUUCUUGGUACACGUCUGGCUCUGUUGAUUUGUUUCUUUAUUUCCUCGUGCGGGUAUCCUAGUUUUGGGAAUGCUUGGUGAAUAUCUUGUAGGAGUUGGUCUGUGUCUGAGGGGUUGGAGCAAAUGCGGUUAUAGCUCAGCGCUUGGCUGUAGACGAUGGAUCAUGUGGUGUGUCAGGGAUGGAAGCUGGAGGCAUGAAGGUAGGCAUAGAGGUCGGUGGGGUGCAGUGGUGUUAACAUGACUGUCACUUAUUUGUACCGUGGUGUCUAGGAAGUGGAUCUUCCUUGUAGAUUGGUCCAUGCUGAGGUUGAUGGUGGGGUGGAAACUGUUGAAAUCAUUCUCCAAUACUUCUGUUAGUCUUUAAGGUUCCUCAGGACUCUUUGGGUAUGUCUACACUACGGGAAUAGUCCAUAUAAUUCGAAUUUGGGAAACAGAUUGUAUAAAGUCGAAUGUAUGCAGCCACACUAAGCACAUAAAUUCAGCGGUGUGCGUCCAAGUACCGUGGCUAGCUUUGAUUUCUGGAGCGUUGCACUGUGGGUAGCUAUCCCAUAGCUAUCCCAUAGUUCCCGCAGUCUCCCGCGCCCAUUGGAAUUCUGGGUUGAGAUCCCAGUGCCUGAUGGGACAAAAAACAUCGUCGCAGGUGGUUCUGGGUACAGCCUCACCUCCCUCCCUCCCUGCAUGAAAGCAACAGACAGCAGACAACCAUUUCGCGCCUUUUUUUCUGGGUGAACACUGCAGACAACAUACCACGGCAAGCAUGGAGCCCGCUCAGCUCAAGACAGCAGUCAUGAACAUUGUAAACACCUCACGCGUUCUCGUGGAGUUUAUGCUGAGCCAGGACCAGAAAAACGAGGCGAGGAGGCAGCGGCGGCGGCAGCGCAGCGACAAGCAUGAUGAGGACAUGGACAUGGACACGGACACUGAAUUCUGUGAAACCACGGGCCCCGGUGCUUUGGAGAUCAUGUUGUUAAUGGGGCAGGUUCUAUCCAUGGAGCGCCGAUUCUGGGCAAGGGAAACAAGCACAGACUGGUGGGACCGCAUAGUGUUGCAGGUGUGGGAUGAUUCCCAGUGGCUGCGGAACUUUCGCAUGCGUAAGGGCACUUUCAUGGAACUUUGUGACUUGCUGUCCCCUGCCCUGAUACGCCAGAAUACCAAGAUGAGAGCAGCCCUCACAGUUGAGAAGCGCAUGGCGAUAGCCCUGUGGAAGCUUGCAACGCCAGACAGCUACCGGUCAGUCGGGAAUCAAUUUGGAGUGGGCAAAUCUACUGUGGGGGCUGCUGUGAUGCAAGUAGCCAAAGCAAUCACUCAGGUGCUGCUACGAAAGGUAGUGACUCUGGGAAAUGUGCAGGCCAUAGUGGAUGGCUUUGCUGCAAUGGGAUUCCCUAACUGUGGUGGGGCGAUAGAUGGAACCCAUAUCCCUAUCUUUGCACCGGAGCACCAGGGUACCCAGUACAUAAACCGCAAGGGGUACUUUUCAAUGGUGCUGCAAGCACUUGUGGAUCACAAGGGACGUUUCACCAACAUCAACGCGGGCUGGGCGGGAAGGGUUCAUGAUGCUCGCGUCUUCAGGAACACUACUCUGUUUAAAGGGCUGCAGCAAGGGACUUACUUUCCGGACCAGAAAAUAACCGUUGGGGAUGUUGAAAUGCCAGUAGUUAUUCUUGGGGACCCAACCUACCCCUUAAUGCCAUGGCUCAUGAAGCCAUACACAGGCAGCCUGGACAGGAGUCAGGAGCUGUUCAAGUGCAGGCUGAGCAAGUGCAGAAUGGUGGUAGAAUGUGCAUUUGGCCGUUUAAAAGGUCGCUGGCGUUCAUUAUUGACUCGCUCUGACCUCAGCCAAAGAAAUCUCCCCAUAGUUAUUUCUGCUUGCUGCGUGCUCCACAAUCUCUGUGAAAGUAAGGGGGAGGCCUUUAUGGCGGGGUGGGUUCUGAUUGCGCGCAGCCAGACACCAGGGCGAUUAGAAGAGCAGACCAGGAAGCGCUGUGCAUCAGAGAAGCUUUGAAAACCAGUUUCAUGACUGGCCAGGCUACAGUGUGAAAUAUCUGUUUGUUUCUCCUUCAUGAAAACCCGCCCCCUUUAUUGACUCAUUUUCUGUAAGGAACCCACCCUCCCUCUUCCCCCAGCUUGCUUUCAAACCAAAUAAAGGCACUAUCAUUUAAAAAUCA